AUGAGAGUGACGGUUAGUGAUGAUGGAAUAAUCUCUCUUUGUCCUGGGACGUUCCUUCGUUUACCAAUCUCUAGCUCGCUUCCAGAAACCCACCAGCUUUUUAAUGUCUUCCGCAGCCCUGGAUCUUUGCUGAAUGAUCAUUUGAAUAUAUUCACGUGGCGAAUAGAUUUGGUGCUGGUAGCUUUUGGCAUGGUUGAUGCGUCUAUUUGUGACCCUACGAUCAUCCAGAAGGGUAUUGGAGAUUUGUUGCACCAUAUUACUUGA